AUGGCCGCCACGGCCGCGCCGGCCCCGGGGCUCAUCUCGGUGUUCUCGAGCGCGCAGGAGCUGGGCGCGGCGCUGGCGCAGCUGGUGGCGCAGCGGGCGGCGUGCUGCCUGGCCGGGGCCCGCGCCCGCUUCGCGCUCGGCCUGUCGGGGGGCAGCCUGGUGAGCCUGCUGGCCCGCGAGCUGCCCGCCGCCGCCGCCCCCGCCGGGCCCGCCGACCUGGCGCGCUGGACGCUGGGCUUCUGCGACGAGCGCCUGGUGCCCUUCGAGCACGCCGACAGCACCUUCGGCCUCUACCGGACCCACCUCCUUUCCAAGCUGCCCAUUCCCGAGAGCCAAGUGCUCACAAUUGACCCACAGCUGCCCGUGGAAGCAGCGGCCGAAGACUAUGCGAAGAAGUUGAGACAGGCCUUCCAGGGCGACACCAUCCCAGUGUUUGACCUCCUGAUCCUGGGCGUGGGUCCUGAUGGCCACACCUGCUCCCUCUUCCCAGACCACCCUCUCCUGCAGGAGCGGGAGAAGAUUGUGGCCCCUAUCAGUGACUCCCCGAAGCCACCGCCACAGCGCGUGACCCUGACACUGCCAGUACUGAAUGCUGCCCGCACGGUCAUCUUCGUGGCCACCGGAGAAUCCAAGGCCGCCGUCCUCAAGCGCAUCCUGGAGGAGAAGGAAGAGCAUCCCCUGCCCGCAGCCCUGGUCCAGCCACACACGGGCAAACUCUGCUGGUUCCUGGACGAGGCGGCCGCCCGCCUCCUCACCGUGCCCUUCGAGAAGCAUUCCACGUUGUAACUGAACCCAGCUAGCCUGCCAUGGCGCCAAUGCCGGGACCUUCUUGGGCUGCAGCCCUCGGCCUCUCUGCUGGCUGCUGUCCACCAGGUGGUGCUUGACCCCGAGAGUCCCGGGAACAUGGCUCAACCCACAGUUCGGGGCUCUGGGGGAGGGUCCCGGUAUUAAAGGAGCCUUGGCUGGAA